ACAUCCUUCACGUCAGCCUCCUCGUCUUGGACUGUCCAAGCAUUGCCACCAUUGCUGUUCACGUCCAUACAUUUCCCCUUUCCCCAUAAAUCCAAUCCCCAAUUGCUCCAUUACUCUCACGGGCUCAGGCUGAACCCAAAAAUGCGGCCAACUGCAGAAGCUAACCAACGCAUUGCCAGAAUCUCGGCUCAUCUCCAUCCUUCCAAUCUUCAGAUGGAGGAGAGUUCCAUUUUGGGGAGAGACAAUUGUAGGGCAAAAGGUGGUGCUCCUGGGUUCAAAGUUGCCAUACUGGGUGCUGCUGGAGGCAUUGGCCAGCCCCUUGCCUUGCUAAUGAAGAUGAAUCCUCUGGUUUCUGUUCUUCACCUCUACGAUGUAGUCAAUUCCCCUGGUGUCACGGCCGAUGUCAGUCAUAUGGACACUGGUGCUGUGGUUCGUGGUUUUCUGGGGCAGCCGCAGCUUGAGAAUGCUCUUACCGGGAUGGACGUUGUGAUCAUACCUGCCGGGGUACCGAGGAAGCCUGGGAUGACAAGGGAUGAUCUUUUCAACAUCAAUGCUGGAAUUGUGAAGACACUUUGUGAAGGAAUUGCCAAGUGCUGCCCCAACGCGCUCGUCAACUUGAUCAGUAAUCCGGUGAACUCUACUGUGGCAAUUGCGGCUGAGGUUUUCAAGAAGGCUGGAACCUAUGAUCCCAAACGGCUUUUAGGAGUUACAACACUUGAUGUUGUGAGAGCCAAUACCUUUGUGGCAGAAGUUUUGGGACUUGAUCCCAGAGAAGUCGAUGUCCCAGUUGUUGGAGGCCAUUCCGGAGUGACGAUAUUGCCUCUUCUGUCACAGGUUAAGCCUCCCUGCUCAUUCACUCGAGAAGAGACAGAAUAUCUCACUAACCGAAUUCAGAAUGGUGGAACAGAGGUGGUUGAGGCAAAAGCUGGGGCUGGUUCUGCAACACUGUCAAUGGCAUAUGCAGCUGCCAAAUUUGCAGAUGCUUGCCUUAGGGGCUUGAGAGGAGAUGCUGGCAUUGUUGAAUGUGCUUUUGUGGCUUCCCAGGUGACAGAACUCCCUUUCUUCGCAUCCAAGGUUCGACUUGGCCGCACUGGAGCCGAAGAGGUUUAUCAACUUGGACCCCUGAACGAGUUUGAGAGGGUUGGGUUGGAGAUAGCAAAGAAAGAACUAGCAGCCAGCAUCCAGAAGGGAGUCUCCUUCAUUAGGAAGUGAAGGAGGAGAUGAGCAGAUCUCAUGUAUCAUUGUGGAGGUGGAGGGUUUCCUAAACCUCUGAAAAUGCUUUGUAUAUUAUGUUGCUUUUCCGAGUUAUAUGCCCUAGAAGGCAGUAGUUUCCACUUUGACCCUCAAACUGAUGGUAUGAUUUUUCCUCCUAUGCCCAUGAUGCACUUGGAUCUAUGAGAAAUUAUCGAAUGAGAAAGUAUCCGUUGGAAAUUA